CUUCAGUUUAAUGUUGCUGAGCUUUUUUCUUUCUAUUUUUUAUUGCGUUUGUAUUUUUAUAUUUAUAUUUAUAUUUUACUUCUCAAUUCAACACCAAAAUCCACCCACAAACUUUUUUAUUCCUUAAUUUCACAAUGAGUCACCCAGAGGUUGGCGAUCGGCUAGCAUCGAUCAAGCACGUUUCAUCAUGCACAGUGCAACUGGCGCUCUCACUCGCCCACCAGGGCCACAAAGUGGGUGUCCUAGACAUCGAUCUCUGUGGACCGAGCAUCCCGCGGAUGCUCGGACUAGAGGGCCAACAGAUCCACCAAGCGUCAGCAGGCUGGGUCCCCGUAUUUGCAGACUUUGAGAAGCGGCUCGGAUGCAUGUCCAUCGGAUUCCUUCUGCCCAACAAGGACUCCUCCGUGGUCUGGCGCGGGCCAAAGAAAAACGCCAUGAUUAAGCAGUUUCUCGCGGACGUUUACUGGGGAGACCUAGACUAUCUGCUUAUUGAUACGCCGCCGGGUACGAGCGACGAGCACUUGGCAGCUGUGGAGUAUUUGCAGGAGUGGAAUCCGGACGGUGCAGUGAUUAUUACUACGCCCCAGGCUGUUGCGUUGGCGGAUGUUAAAAAGGAGAUUAGCUUUUGCACAAAGGUCGGGUUGCCGGUACUUGGGCUGAUUGAAAAUAUGAGUGGGUUUGGGCUGGCUAAGCAUAUGGAGAUUCCGUUUUUGGGUCGUGCGCCCAUUGAUCCCAACCUGGUGAUGCUGCUCGAGCAGGUGGACAAGACGGUGGUGCCCAAUGUUAACGAUCCUGAGGCCGAGAAACAGACGACCGCGUCGAUAGUUGAGACGUACCAGCACUGCGAGCUGAGCAAGAUAUUUGCGAUAAUAUCCAAGGAGCUCAACCAAAGGCUGAGUGCAACAAAAAAAUAACAAUAUAAUUUUUUUUCUUUUCAAUUUCUGUUCAAAUCCAGAAUCAAAAUA